GUCGGGUAAGGCUUUUGUCGCGGUGAAUAUGUUGUACAUAUGAAGGAAAAGUAUACACGUACCGCUAUAGAUUAAUACAAGUAAAUUUUCCAAAGUUUACUGCAAAUCAAAAUAGCUAUCACAUUAUUAUAGCUCAAUGGGAAUUAUGUCUAAGGGGAAUCGUCUGCCUGAGCGACCGAAGCCCCCGAAUUGGGAAGCUAUAAUUGCCGACAUUUCACGCAUAUCCGAUGACACCGAUGUAGUUUUCACCAUUGGAAAGUCUAGCAUAGCAUCAAUAAAUAGUGGAAGUAAGUACCAGUAAACACAUUUAUUUGUAAAAAAAUCGAAUUAAAAUCAUAAACAUUCUCAAUAAUUCUUUUGUCCCUCUUAAAUAAAUUGUUGUUCAUUUUUUAAAUUUAAAAAAAAAAUGAAUUUCUGUUCCUCAACUUUGCUUUAUAAAUAUAAAUAAUAAUUUUAUUAUUUUUAAAACUUAAACUAAGUUAAACAAAAAAAAAAAAAGUAAAAAAGUUAAAGGGUCUAACUAAAACUAAAGUUAAAUAUGGCUAUGGUCAGUGUCGCAGUGAUUGAGUACCAGUAUUAUGUCUAUGAAAUGAGCCAUUUUUUAAAAUUUAAGCGGGCAAUUUGAUUCACUUUUUUUAUUUUUACUUCCAAGUUCUACUCUCGCUCUAACAAUACUAUACACUAUUAUUAUCCAUUGAUAUUUUUAACCUAACCACUACCUGUACAACUUUACUAUUGAAAUUAUCACUGAUAGUAUCAGAUAACAACUUCAGUAUCAAAAUACCUAUUAAAUUGAACUGCCCAUGCCCAUUGAAAAUGUAUAAUUUUGGUGCCCAUUAUCAUUAAUUAUUUAAAAACCUACAACUGGCACUACCGGACUGGAUUUUGAAGGGGCAACCACAGGUUUGCCAACCAUCAGAAAAUUUACUGACUACUGACUGGUACAACAAAUUGUCAGUUUAAGUCCUUACGGCCUUACGAAAUUUAGGAUGUCUGUAAAAAAUUGCGAACUUUGACAAAUAUUAAUAUCUUUUAAAGUGAACCAAAAUAGGAUUACUCUGUGUUUGUGAUUUCUUCAUGUCUGCAUGAAACUUAAAUUUUGUAUGAUCACUAUCAGGAUCAAUUAAAAAAAUGACAAGAAUGUUAUACAACAAAAAAAUGUUUUAAAAAACAUGAAAAGGCACACCGCAUGGUGAUAUGACAUAAAGGCGUACAUACAUAGUCUUAUGCAUCUAAUCUUUGACAUUUAUUUUUGCCUUGAAACUGACGUAAGCUUAUUUUACAAUGUGUCACUAAUUAACUUCGAUUAUCGGUCAAAAUUCUGGAUAUUUUUAAAAAUAUUUGUCCUUAAAUUUUUUUAUUUUUGAAUUGGCGACCCGGCUCUCAACAUAUCUGAAACUGAAGGUCACAAUAAAGUUGCUAUUCCUAGUCUAUGUUCCUAACCCGUUUUGCUUAAGUUUAGGGCAUAAGCAAAUAUAAAGAGGCAUUGCGCUGAACCCAUCCCUUGUGAUACAUAGAUCACAUUUUGCGCUUUAGCUAACACCAGCCUAAAUUUAUAUUUAUUGGCAUUUUAGCAAAGGUUAUCACAUCCAGGCACUGGGCACAUUACACAUCAUAAAGGGCUAAGCCAAAAACAUAUUUAUUUUAUGGAAUAUAUUUAAUUGUCUUUAGAGUCAACAAGAUCUAUAAAAUCUACCUUACUUAAAUUCAAAUACCGGUAAUACAUUCUGUGUCUUUUUUUAUUACCCGGUACCUGUAUUUAUUAAUCAAAAUUACUUUAAGCCAUAUCCAAAAUGAGUAAAGGAUAUCUAAUCAGUGGGAUCCAUUUUAUUUAAUUUUAGUAACUGUUUCGGGUAUUUUAUAUAUAUGAAAUUCAAAUCUUCAUUUGAUGCCUUCAAAUGAUGAAGGAGCACUUGCAUGAGUCAUGACAUUGCUUUGAACACCUGUAAAAAAAAUUUGUUUAAAAAUAAAUUAUGUAGUCCAGGUUUAAUUUUAGUUUAUUAUAAUUAUAAAAUACAUUGAUUUUCUCUUUAUUUUCCCAUAGUAACGGCAUCCACCUCACCUUCAGAACGAUCAAGCACAAUAUCAGAUUCAGAAUGUUCCCAGACCAACUCGGAUGAAAUUCAAGCAUCUUAUGCCAAUGUGCUGAGACUUAUUAGUUUGUACACUGAUUUAAAAGAUGCCCCGUCCGAACUAGAAAAUCAGUACUCUGAAUUAAAGAAAAUGGGGCUUGAUAUGACAGAAUCGAUUUCCAAAUUAAAAUCACUGGCAGAGGACAUAUCAUUAGAAACGUCAGGUCCUAAAGGUGAUGCCAGAACAGCAACCGUAGUGAAACAAGGCAGCUCCAGUCAGAGCAGUACAAAACCUGCUGCUCACAUUCACAGUAACAUUGCCACAAAGGAAAAAUCUGGUCGGCAAAAGAAAAAGAAGUGAUAAAUACUGAGUGACGAAAGACUUUCUUCAACUUAAAUCCUAUUACUUAGAUAAUUGUUAAAUCAGUGAUAGUGAUAGCUCAGAAGAUGUUGCAGACAGUGAUUAAAAGAAUGUUCUGUACCUGUGUGGUAUGUGUUGUGAAGCUCUCUUAACUCCAAAUAUACAAAAGAAAUUUGGUUUGUUGUAAAUCGUAAAUAAAUAAUUUAAAAAAAAUUGUUUGCAGCUCUUUAAAAAAUACUUCAGCCAAGAGGAGUUUAAUAUACAAAACUUUAAAUCAAGAUUCAUCCUUAUGUACCAUAUAUCAUUACAAAGAGCUAUUGAAUUGUACCAGCACCAUUUGACUGUACAACUGAUACAGUGGCCGUGGCUUGAUCAAGUUAGUCAGUUAUUCCUGCUGACCCUGGAUUUCACAUUUUCUUAGUGUUUGUAAGUUUCUGCAAUGAAUUCUCCACACAUUAUUAAUGAAUUCUCCACACAUUAUUAAUCAAGCAAAAGGAGUUCUUGUGUAUUGGCAGUGGAAGUUAUGCACUGCACUAUCGGAAGUCCUAAGCAUAGAAAAGAUUUCAAUAAGAAGACCUUGAGUUACUUACCUAAGAUCUUACAGCUAAAUAUUAUAAGUUAUAAGGGCGCAGGUACUUGCUUCAUAAUGGUAGCAGGUCGCUUACAAGACCAACAACUGAGCUACAGGAAAAUAUUCAAUUUUGUUGGCUUUUUCCCUUCCUUUUUCUUUUUUUUGUUUUUUUUUGGGGGGGUUGUAGAGUCCCUUGUUGGAAAAAUAAAAUGAUUCAGAAGUUCUC